AGAAAAAUAAUAAAAAUGUCAGACGAGGAGAAUAUGCCAGCUGGAUGGGAGAAAAGAAUGGGCCGCAGUUCAGGCAAGGUGUAUUACUUCAACCACAUCACCAAUGCCAGCCAGUGGGAACGUCCCACAGGAGACAGCUAUGGAGAUCCAGAUAAGGCGCGCUGCGCUCACAUCCUGGUGAAGCACAGUCAGUCACGUCGGCCAUCUUCAUGGAGGGAAGAGAACAUCACACGGACCAAAGAUGAGGCGCUGGAUACCAUUCAGCAGUACAUAGAAGGCAUCAAGUCUGGAGACGAGAAGUUUGAAGCCCUCGCUUCCAAGUUCAGCGACUGCAGCUCAGCCAAGAAGGGAGGAGACCUGGGAUUAUUCGGCAGAGGUCAGAUGCAGAAGCCUUUUGAAGACGCCUCCUUUGCUCUGAAAGUGGGAGACAUGAGCGGUCCCGUUUUCACUGAAUCUGGAGUCCACAUCAUCCUGCGCACAGGUUGAGAAAGGGAAGAAACCCCUUCCUCUCAUGUCUUCUAAAAACUAAGUCCAACCCAACCACACCUGAUAUAUAUUUAAAUGACGCCCAAUAAACUAAGCUUAUAGACUGAAUCGUAUCAUUUUAAGUGGGAUCAUUUUGUUUCCAAGCACUAUUGACCAUGUCUGUAAUCACACUGAACAUCAGAUGAUCCUCUAUCUUUUAUUAACCAUGGCAAUGACAUUAUAUAAAAGCAUGAGUGCCUGUGACUCUGUUGAAGUGAGCGCAUCGUGGAGACAGUUUCACACGAUGUGCAACGUUUAAGAAAGCUUCUUUAAAAGCUUGUUUUUUUUAAUGCGCAUGACUUCUAAAAGGACCAUUUACUGUAUCUUUCCCUUCUCCAUUUCUACUGUACGCGUGCCAAAGCAGGUUUUGUUUUGGAAAAUGGAUUCUUAAGAAGUUCUUUCUAGUUUUACCUAGAAAGCCCUGUUGUUAUGAGUUCUCUAUAUCAUAUUAGUUGUCCUUUGCUGAUAUCCAGUCACACAAUAAUCCACUCUGAUAAGUGCAUGCUUCAUUCCCCUUAGGAUAUUAUAAAGAUGGCACUGUGGGAAACUUCCAGGUUUUAGGGGCAGGAAUGUUUUCCGCAGCUUUUAAAAGCAUUGACGUUCAGAUGAACUGCUACACUGUUGUGUCAUUGAAUGGAGUUUUUUUUUGCAUCAAUAAAAAAAAUCUCUUUUUUGUAAGACA